GACGACACGUGUUAUUCAUCGAUCCGCUAGUCCUCACGGACUGCCCCACGUGUCUCCAAUCAUGUCGGCGCUGGCCACUGCACGCAGCGGAACCCGGAUGAGCGUGAUCGGGCAGUAUUUGGGUGCUCCCAUGUCUGCGAUGUCCCGGAAGAAGGUGGAGCGCAUCGCCGUGAACUCCGACUUCGUGGUGGGCCCCAGCGAGGAGUCCAAUGAUGACGACUCCUUCCGUGGACGGUUCAAGCGCUCAGCCAGCAAGUGCUCCAAGAGCAGGCGGUUGGCGAACUUCAUCGUCGUGGUGAUCCUCAUCGAUGGAAUUUGCACCUGUCGCGACAUCGAUUGCCGCGCACAGAAUUUGACGACACCCUUGGGCUUUCGGAUUGUCUCAGAUAUUUGCCUGGCAAUUUACAUCGGAGAGUUCCUGCUGCACUUCUGUUUGGAAGGUUGCAAAAUCUUCAUGGAUUGGAUUAUCGUCCUGGACUUCUUGGUGAUUCUCUGCGGAAUCUUGGAACUCGUCGUGGGCCGGAUCAUGCAGGAUGCCUCACUCGGCGGGAUCAGCGUGGCCCGGGCCUUGCGCUUGGGUCGGGUGCUGCGCUUGACGCGCUUCCUGCGGAAGCUGCGAAGCCUUCGAGAGCUGCACAAGUUAGCGACCAUGAUGACCACUUGUGCCAAGACCUUGGUUUGGUCCUUCCUGUUGUGUUUCGUGGUGAUGACGGUCUGGAGCAUGCUCAUGGUAGAGGCCGUGAAUCCCUUGAUGCAACAGCUGCAGCAAGAGUCUGGUACCUUCACGGAGUGUGGGCAAAGAUGUCAGCGUGCGAUGACUUCAGUCAUGGACGCCAACUUGCUGCUCUUCCAAACGGUGAUCGCGGGCGAUGGCUGGGGUGAGAUCGCGGUGCCCUUGAUCCAGAGUUACCCGCAGACAGCCAUUAUCCUCAUGGGCUCCUUUAUGACGCUGGUGUUUGGUGUCCUCAAUCUGGUGGUUGCUGUAGUCGUCGACACCUUUGCCGAUGCAAGGCAAAAUGAUGUUCAGAAUCUUGCCGAAGAGAUGGAAGAUGAAGUCGAAUACGAUCGGAUGUCCUUGGCCAAGCUCUUUGCGCGGAUCGACGCGGACGGCAGUGGCCAAGUGACGUUAGACGAGCUGAUUGAAGGAGCUCGAAAGGAUCCCAUCUUCCAAAGCAGGUUGCGAGUCAUGGACAUUGAUGAAAGCGACUUGCAGAUGCUGUUUGAAAUGAUUGAUGUAGAUGGCUCAGGUUCAAUUGAGGCCGCCGAGUUCAUUGGUCCUCUGAGCAGAUGGGCACAUGAUUCCAAGACGGCGCCACGAUUUAUCAAGUACAAUUUGAUGCAGUCCAUGAAGAUUCAAGAAGAUAUGUAUGAUCUCUGUGAGGAUUGUUUCCAGCACCUUGCGUUGCAGAUCGACAAGGUCUAUGGAGAGGUCAAGGGGCUCAGGUCGCAACCGGUCAAGUCGAUGAAGUUUGAUGGAUCCAGUCCUACGCUCACCAGUCCUACGCUCAAUGCGGGGAUUGUUCCAAAGGAAGGAGAGAGCAACAGCCCGGCAUUGAUAACCUUUAGUGCGCCACAGGGCAGUCCCAGCGUUCCAGGUGGCAGUGCUGCUUUAAAUUGCAAGGAGGCCACCAAAGAACACGUCUUUUCCGUGAACUUAAGUCGAAAGGUCGCCUUGCUCACCGGAACUGCAUCGGCAGCAUCGGGGAGCGCGGCAGCGGCGCAACAGACCGAGCUGCAGUUGGACAUCUCAAUGGAGCGUGUGGUGGCCCAACUGGAAUGCUCCGUGCAGAGGCUUGAAUGUUUUGCCCAGCAGGCUGAGCACAUCUUAAACAAGUCGACCGAGCUGCCGCCGCGGCGGGAAAGAACCUACACUGACAGCGCGGGCUCCAACGGUGCGAAGGCGGACGUCUUCUGGGCUCACUACAUGGAUCGGGACAUGGGCGGAAAGCGUCGCACCAUCCGCUCCAAUGGCCCCGGUGGCGGAUCGGGGCUCCCGCGGGAUCGGCGGACCCGGCGGGAGCGGGCGCCGGGAACGGCGCGGCUGUCGGAAGGGAGCGGCUUCGGGGGCGUCAGCGAGAAUGCAGUGACGAAAAUAUCAUCCUUCGCCACAAGCAGUGCGAGUGAAAGUGAGCCGGCUGUAUCUUAGAACGCAAAUCCAAGAGACUAUACUCUCAGCGGCAUUCACUGGAAUUCUAUCC